AAUGGCGGAAGAUGUGAAGGUUUCGAUUCAGCCGUGCAAAACGCUUGCCAAGUUUUUGGCAUGGAAACACUGUUCCCCGAGCAGUUCAAAGCGCUCAAAACGUUUGCUUAUGGUACUGACGUCCUUCUAAACUUGCCAACGGGGUUUGGAAAGUCUCUUGUGUUCCAGAUGGCUCCUUUAGUUCAUGCCGAGUUAUCACGAGGCCGCGAUGGAUUUGCAGCGAACCCAGUAAUAAUUAUAAUAUCCCCUUUAGUGAGCCUUACGGAAGAUCAAACAAGUUACUUACGGAAAUGUGGCAUCUCAGCUUGCUCGAUAGGAGAGGAUAAGGUACUUGACAUGAGGACUGAGAAAGGAGAGUGUUGCGUGGUAUUUUCCUCGCCGGAAUCCUUAUUAGGAAAUGGUACGUGGCGAAGCAUGUUAUCUUCUGACGUUUACCAGAAGAAUUUAAUUGGCAUCGUUGUGGACGAAGCACAUUGUAUUAGCCAUUGGUAAGCAAUAUUUUUGCUUUUUUAAUUUGACACCCGAACAACUUUAGGUCUAUCAUUUAUAAUAACCUUAAGCGAGGGAAAAAAUAAUUGUAGCAACGAUAGAACAGUAGUGAGCUUAUCUGAGAGCAAAGUUCUUCACAAUCUUCAACAGAAACAUACAUGGAAAGAAAGAGGGCACUAUCAUUAUUUUUUUUUUUUUUACUUUUACAGGGGAACUUCCAAGAGUAAAGAGGCAAUGGCCUUUAGAAGAUGGUUCUACAAAUUAAGCGAGUUGUGUUCUUUGGUACCAAAUAAAAUUCCGUUCAUGGCUGUAACUGCCACAGCAACAAGACAGACAAAGGAAACGAUAACUUCUGUCCUUCGAUUUGGAAAAUUUGUUGAAGUAUCUGAAAGCCCAAACAAGGCAAAUAUUUGUUACAGUGUCCAAACCAUGGAUAAGCGUAAUCCCCUCAUUCAAUAUUUCCAGUGGAUAAUGAAUGAACUGAAAGAGAAGAGGGGCGGAACAGAAAGAACAAUUAUAUAUUGCCAAACCAUUAAGCAGUGUUCAACAUUGUAUUCCCUCUUUGCACAAGAAAUGGGUGACUCCAUAUUUACCAAUGACAACAAAGAUCCCAGAAAUCGUGUAGUUGAAAUGCUGCAUGCCCUUUCUUCAAAGUCAAUCAAAGAGGUUGUUUUAGAAGAAAUGGGACAGGAAACUGGCUGCAUUCGAGUACUCAUCUGUACAAUAGCCUUCGGCAUGGGAGUUAACUGUAAAGGGGUCGAAAGAAUAAUCCACUUGGGGCCGUCAAAGUCUGUGGAGGCCUACAUUCAGGAGAGUGGAAGGGCAGGUAGGGAUGGAAGCCCGAGUAAAGCCCUUCAGCUAUACCAGCCACUGAUGCUUCUUCAUGUUGAAAAAGACAUGAAAGACUCUGUUAAAGGCAAAUAUACCUGCAGACGUGCAUUUCUAAUGGGCCAUUUUGAUCAAAAGGGUGGAAAGCCUCAAAGUGACACUCAAAGUGAUUUUGUUUGCUGUGACCUUUGUUCUAAGGAUGAAAAUUUGAAAGUUCCUAUUUCAGCACCUGCCCCUUAUGCUGGAAAGACACGUACAGUUUCCACUUCACAGAAAGCCACUUUGAAAGGAAAGCUCAUAAGAUUAAGGAAAUCACUUUUGGUGGAGCUGUUACAUCAAUCUCCGAAAGGAGGAUUACCAGUUGCAUCUGUUCCUGAAUUGUUAAUUGGGUUCUCAGACUCUCAGAUUGCUCAAGUUUUGGAAAACUGUGACAAGAUAUUCAGCAUUUCUGACAUCAAGGCAAAUGUUGAAAUCUGGAAAGAAAGGCAUGCAUAUGCAAUUAUGGACACUUUGGCAGAGGUCUUCCAAGAUUUAAGUCACGAUGCAGGGCAAGCAUAUGACUGUCAAAAUUACUUUGAUGGAGAUGAUGAAGAAGAUGAUGACUGGGAUGCAUUGUUCGAUGAUGUGGAGUUAAUGGAUGUGGACUGGGACAACUUCUCUGCUAGUAACAUAUUAUAUGAUGAUUCCACCUUUGUAGAGGAAAGUCAAGAUUUUGAAAGCAGUGAUAUGCAUAUUCCCGAACUGGAUGAUCUGAUUGACAAAGUUCAAAUAGAGUGA